CCCAAAGGCGCGAAAGGGCAAGCACGUGAGAUGUGCGGGGGACCGAGUGGAAAGGGCACCCCACGUGGGUAAAGGGGGCUGUGGGGAAGAGGUGGAAUUGGCCACAGUUUCAGGAGAUCACACUUCCGACGUGGGGUGGGACUCUCCAGGGGGCGGGACACCCCCCCAAGGGCCAAGAGCUAGGGCAGGUGGGGGCGUGGCCUUGAGGCCCCGCCUCUCCCGCCUCCUCAGCCGGGGGCUCCAGGCACACGGGACGCCGCUGCGCAACCGCUCGGUUGCUGGGCCAUGGAUCUCAGUCCUGCCUCAGCCCACCGCGAGCCCGCCCCAUCUGCCGCUUGACCGGAGUCCCAGGCGGUCAUCAUGGGCCAGUGCUACUACAAUGAGACCAUCGGCUUUUUCUAUAACAACAGCGGCAAGGAGCUCAGCCUUCACUGGCGCCCCAAAGAUGUAGUGGUGGUGGCCCUGGGGCUGACAGUCAGUGUCCUGGUAUUGCUGACCAACCUGCUGGUUAUUGCAGCCAUAGCCUCCAACCGGCGCUUCCAUCAGCCCAUAUACUACCUGCUUGGCAACCUGGCCGCGGCUGACCUCUUUGCUGGCAUGGCCUACCUCUUCCUCAUGUUCCAUACUGGCCCACGCACCGCCAGGCUCUCCAUCAAAGGCUGGUUCCUGCGACAGGGGCUGCUGGACACCAGCCUCACAGCAUCAGUGGCCACACUGCUGGCCAUCGCUGUGGAGCGGCACCGCAGUGUGAUGGCGGUGCAGCUCCACAGCCGCUUGCCCCGGGGCCGUGUGGUCACACUCAUCGUGGGUGUGUGGGUGGCUGCGCUGGGCCUGGGGCUGUUGCCUGCGCACUUCUGGCACUGCCUCUGUGACUUGGACAGUUGCUCACGGAUGGUGCCCCUGUUCAGCCGCUCCUACUUGGCUGCGUGGGCCCUAUCCAGCCUGCUUGUCUUCCUACUCAUGGUAGCCGUCUACACACGAAUUUUCUUCUAUGUGCGUAGACGGGUGGAACGCAUGGCGGAGCACGUCAGCUGUCAUCCCCGCUACCGAGAGACAACACUCAGCCUUGUCAAGACCGUGGUCAUCAUUCUGGGGGCAUUUGUGGUGUGCUGGACACCGGGCCAGGUGGUGCUGCUCUUGGACGGUCUGGACUGUAAAUCCUGCAAUGUUCUGGCUGUGGAGAAGUACUUCCUGCUCCUGGCUGAGGCCAACUCACUGGUCAACGCGGUGGUAUACUCCUGCCGGGACGCUGAGAUGCGCCGUACUUUCCGCCGUCUUCUCUGCUGCACGUGUCUCCGCUGGUCCAACCACAAGCCUGCCCAUUACUCAUCUUCUGCCCGGACGGGUGCCAGCACCCGGAUCAUGCUUCCUGAGAAUGGCCAUCCACUGAUGGACUCCAGCCUUUAGUACCUUGAACUGAGGCAGGAGACCGGAGCUUCAUCUGCAGCCCAUGACCACUUGCAGAGCCCCUGACUCAAGCCAGCCCAGCAGAUGCGUGGCUCUUCAGCAUUCCCUGCCCCAGGGACAGGGAGUCUGCCUGCCCCUAGACACAGGGAUUUGGGGACACCUCCAUGCGCCUGGGGAGAGCAUCCAAAUGGGACUUGGUAACCUGGCUCUCAGUCGUCUCAGGUUUUAGGGUUUUUUAACAGACAUUUUCAUAUUUUUACUGUGUAUUUCUGGUGUGUCUGUGGACUGCUGCUUCCCACAUGGUGCUGUAGCUGCUGGGAUAGAAGAGGUGAGAGCUGUCCCAGGUUAGACCACCCACUGUUACAGGGUACACAAUAAGGGGUACUGUCUUCCUGAAGCCACUUUUCGCUGUUUUGUUUUGCUUUUGAGGCAGGAUCUCAUGUAGCCUAGGCUGGCCUUGAAGUCACUGAGUAGCAGAGGAUGGCCUUGAACUCAUGAAGGUCCUGUCUCCACUCCCAAAUGUUAGUUCUGCAGCUGAUCCCUUAGAUGUGCUGAGCAGCCUGAGGCCUCACCUGCCUCCCUUAGGAUGAGGGACUAUGUGAUACAGAGCAAGCCUUUCCAUCUGAGGUUGCAGAGUUGGGUUUGGUUUGGUUUGGUUUUUUUUUUCCGCUGGGUGGCGGGUACUUUGCCAUUAAUUCAGUCAGUCUGUCCCAGUGUCCAUCCUCGAAUUACCUGUUAGGACUCAGAGCUGCCAAGAAUCUGUCAACAUGGCGUCCCAUGGCCCAGGCCGGCCUUGAACUUGCUGCAUAGACUAAGCUAGUCUUGAAAUCCAUUGUCCCGCCUCAGACUCCUAUAUGCUGGGGUUAAAGCUAAAUGCUCCCAUGCCCAGCUCUGUCUUCCUGGAUUCUUACAAGGGUUCCUUCCCUUUUGCCUCUGUCCUUCCUGCCACUGUCCUACUUAUCUCCCUCUUAAAGAACCUAGGAUGAUUUCUGGUUUGUGUAAACCUUUUCCUUCUGCCUGUUCCACUCCCUCCCUCCCCCCCUUUUUUUAGACCCAGGAUCUCCAGUCCACCCUAGAGCUCACUAUGCAACUCAGGCUAACGUCAAACUCUCAGCUGGCUCCCUGCUUUGGCUCCCUGAGUGCUAGGGAUGACAAGCCAUAUUGAGAUGAAGCCUGUGUCUGACUGCACAGCUUGGAAAAGCUCAGCUAUGCCAGGGCGACCAGAAAACUCCAUGAGGAGGGGGCCUCAGUGUCGCAUGGAGCCUAGAAUUGGUUUUUGGGGUUUUUGUUUUGUUUUGUUUUGGUUUUUGGUUUUUCGAGACAGGGUUUCUCUGUAUAGCUCUGGCUGUCCUGGAACUCACUUUGUAGACCAGGAGCCUAGAAUUAUUAAGUCACAAGCUUACCAGGAUUUUCUACUUCUGAGUCCCCCAAAACCUCAGAUAUGGCCGGGCCUGAAGUUAGCCCCCUCCCUGCCCAGAGAAGCCUCCUAGCAGGGCAGUGUGAGCCAUGAACUUGGUUCUCUGCUCUGCCUCACCAAAGAGGAGUCAGGGUUAUGUCCUCACUUCGGAUUCACAUGCCGAGUAACAGCAGGAAUUUGAACCUCUGUCUUAUCUGAGGCCAAAUUCUUAAGGCAUUAAAGCAUGUGUUUCUAAAGAACUGGAAACAUCUCUGUCUUUCUGCAGUCAGCGUUCCGGCUUCUCCCACUGCUGGGACCUUGCACAUGCUAGGCUAGUUCCCCGGGCACAGAUCGUCUGUCACAUGAGCUGUGUCCAAAAGGAAGACAAUGGAAACUGAACUGAAGGGCUGGAGUGCAGUGGGCCCUUGCUUCUUUGUGAAUUCUUCUUUUUCCUCCCCUCUAUGCCCCUGGUUUCACCCCAUCACUAAAUAGAAAAAGAUAGAGGGAGAAAGAUACUGAGAUCUUUAAAUCUAAUUUCCUUCUUCCUGUUUCGUCUUUGAGCACGCUAACAAACCACAACCGACCACCCACACCACCUACGGGGCCCUAGCAUUUAGACACCGUUGAAAAAGUUCCCAGAAUUCUAAACAUCACACAACCACAGAAACUCUCUGCAGCUGGCAAAA